GAUCUUUUACCUAUGCACGUGCACUAUGGAUCUAACCUCAUUGUAUCGUUGAUAUAAAAAGAAAUAGUAUCAACAAAAGCAUCACAAUAUUGGUCACCAUAAGUCCGAAAAAUUUCUCAUAAAUCGAUACUGCGUAACUCGACGAAAAAAUGGGCAAGCUGGGGCCGCGUUUGAACAGCAGAAGGAAGGCGAAACGCUGGCCGAAGGGGCAAAGCUCUAGUUCUAAUCCAGAAACGGUAAAACAUCGUGAACAAGCGGCAUGGAUGUUUUUCAAAGAUGUCUCAGCCAAACCUGGUUUGACGAAGGAAGAUUUGAAGAAACACGAUGCUAUUCAGGGUAUUGGUCCCCAGUUUGAGAAACUUGAUCUUGAUGAAACUCACUCAGAAACUGGUACAGAAAAUACAACUAAUACGUAUGAUACAUUUGCUACUAACUAUAGCAAUUGCUCCAAUGUUUCGUUCAAUAGGUUUCUAAGUCACUUCCAAUCAAAUUCACUUCUACACAAAGAAAUGUUGGCUGUACUCUCAGCAGUUACAGAAGUAAUAAAGCAAAAUGGUGGAAAUGAAUCUUCCACAGAAUAUUUUGCUGCAUUGAUGAGCACACUGGAAGCAAUAGAAACAGACACAUCAAUUGCAGCUACCCUUUCACUGUUAGGAAUGGGUUUGAAAACUGUACCCAAGAAUGUUCUAAAUAUGCAAUUCGGAGCGGCUAGUAAAAUAUUCAUGAAUAUUCUUGAAAAAUACGCGACCAUAGGAGACUUCUUAAUAUUACGUCAUUGCAUUCAUUGUUUAUGUCUGCUUCUUCGUGCACUGGAUUCGGCCUCAUGGUCAGAUUCAUCCACCAUGCAAGUGUUGGAUGCCGUUUUGGCGUUCACUACGCACAGUAAACCGAAAGUACGGAAAGCGGCUCAACACGGAAUAUGUGCCAUGUUAAAAGGAAUCACGAACAGUAACAAUCCAUCGCAUUAUCACCCUGCUUCACCCCAAGUCGCGAAACAUUGUUACAAUCAAUUGCAAACUGGUACCAAGCCCGGAGGUGUUACCACUGUACUUCAUAUACUGAGUUUAUUGAAGGACAUUACUCAUCUGUUUACAAAACCACACGUGAAGCUAAUUUGUGAAACAUUGCUAAAACUUAUGUCGUUGAAAAAUGUUCUGAUAACAUCGUGCUGUUUUCAAACUUUCCAUGGUUUGUUCGUCUCUCGGCCCUCGGAAGCUAUUCUACCAGCUCAAAGGAACGCACAGCUGAUUACUGCUCUCUAUGAUUACCAGCCACCCGCUACCGACUCACAACCAACUCUUGCAUGGCUUGCAGUUAUGCAAGAGGGUCACUUAAAUUUGGCCCAAAAUACUCUGAAUUUGUGUGCAGCUAUUCUACCAAAGAUGCUGGACAAAUGUGUAGAAUUGUGGCUAUCAGAUAGAUCCGAAAUUAUCUCUGGUACAUCGCAUACAAUUAAAAUAUUAUUGCAGGAUUGUCUUGGCAAGAUGUGUGAAAAUGCAGACGAAAUUAGAAAGUAUAAAACUAUAAUUGAUCAAGUAAUUGUCAUAAUGCACAAAGCGAUGGGAUACCAAUACUUGGAAGCUUGGUAUUAUAUUUUUCACUUAAUAGCAUUACUCUUCCAGAUAACUAGUAAAUCCAAAAGUUCUAAAUUAAUCGAUAUAUUGAAAGGUCUAGCUGAUUUGCGCGAUCAUUAUAAUUUCACCUCGAAAAAUGAUGCUGAGUAUGCUAUUGGAGCUGCAAUAAGGGCGUUGGGCCCAGCAAUUGUAGUAAAUUACAUUGCCAUGAAAGUGUCAGACAAUGAAAUCAAUUUAAAGAGAACUUGGCUACUGCCAUUACUGAAGGACUGCAUAAUGGAAGGAUCGUUGUUCUUCUUCAUGAACAAAUUAUUGCCGUUAACGAUGUUAUGCGAGAGAAAAGUUACUGAACCAGUUGGCGGGAAAACUUACGAAUUUUUGGUUGCCCAAAUAUGGAGUGUUCUGCCAACUAUAUGUCAGAAUGCCACUGAUGUGAAAGACAAUUUUGGGACUAUUGCUAAACUGUUGGGAAUUACUUUUAACGAGAAAAAAGAUUUACGCCUGUACGUAAUGUCCGCCUUAAGGAAAUUAAUUACUAAGGCUGUAGAAGACGAUAAGAAAGAAGACAUAGCAGAGCUUGCGAAAUUUGCAAGAAAUUAUUUACCGUCUUUCUUAAAUCUAUACACGACUAAGCCAAAUGGAACUGACGAAGAAGGACAUCAACUCGCCGCGUUUGAGACAAUUAAGACAUAUCUUACUAUUGCAAACAAGGAAAUAAUACACGAAUUGUUUGAUCGUGCAAUAUGUAAAUUAAGGGAACCGAAUGCCGACGACUUUUUCAAAGAAAAGGUUCACGACAUAAUAAGAUUAUUAACCGAAUACACAGACAUUGAUAGAUUGAAGGCUUUCUACGAAAUGUGUGUGCCGUCCCUCAGAACGAGUUCCAACAUGAAAGAACAGAAAAAAGCAUACAGAUUUUUGGAAGAGACAUGUGGCAGUGAAAAAGAAACAUGCAAAAUCUUUGUGCAACAACACAGGCGUGAAUUACAAAAAUUAUUUAUAUCUACAGCGACGGAAGUUGCUAAACCAAGCAGAGGAGCUCGAUUAAGAUGUUUGAUUCACUUGAUCAAAGCUCACCCGCAACUGGAAAAAACUAAAUUCUUAGAAGCUAUAGUACCUGAAGCAGUCGUGUACGUGAAAGAUAUGAACACAAAGUGUCGAACAUCCGCCUAUGAACUUUUGAACACUAUUGCAGGAAAAUUCUUAGACCAUCCUGAACACCUUAAGAAUUACGUGAAUAUGUUAAUGGUUGGUUUGGGAGGCGCUCAGAAGUAUUGUACCGCCUCCAUGUUGGCACUUGCAUGUGUUACUUAUCGUUACAAUGGGUCUCUUGGAGUGGACACUAUUAAAGAAUUAUUGGAGCAUGCCUGCAGGCUGGCUGCAAGUCCUACAAGAGAGAUUACAGAAGCAGCAUUAUCUUACAUAAUGGUAUACAUUACGAUAAUGCCAUCCCCCGUCGUUGCGUCCAAUUUACCUAAAUUGAUGGAAGCUUUAAAUGAAAUGCUCGACGACUGCCACAGGCAUUUCAGACAGAAAGUGAGAGAUAUCCUAGUGAAAUUACUAAGGAAAUAUGGAAUGGAAACUAUCUCAGGCAUGAUACCUUCGUCCAAUACAAUGUUGCACAAGAGAUUAAAGAAUAUAAGAAAACUAGAGGAAGCAAAGAAAAAGAACAGAGAAUUGAAGAAAUUGAAACAACAGGACAAGGAAGAAAAUGAGUUCAAUGCAAAGAGGAGACCGAAGAGCAUAGAGGAGAUAUUGGCCGACAGCGAAGAAGAAUUCGAUGGGACAGAGAACGAAGAGCCAAAGAAGAGUAAAAAGCGUACGUCUAGGAAAGAAGCUUGGAUUCAAGAAAACGAGGAGAUUGUUGAUCUUAUUGAUCCCGCCGCUGCAAGGAAUAUAUCAACGACACAACCCGGAGUUCUAAAUCCGAAAGCAGCAGAAUUGAAGACGAAAGAUCGCGGAUUUAAAACUGCAGCAGAUGGACGUCUCAUCAUCACAGAUGAUAACGGAAUAGAUAAAGACGUAGAAACUAAAAAGAAAAGGAAAAUUCCAUUUCCUUUACAUAGCGAUUCAGAAGAUGAUUAUGAGAAUGAAGAAGAUGCUCAGUCUACAGUCACAGAACAAGGGAUGGUUAGGAAGCGUACGCAUAGCAACAAUUCCGAUAAUGUUAACGUAAAAAGUUCAGCUACAUCGAGAUAUCAAGCUGGAGGAUCAGGUAUUCACAGACCAUUAAAGAAAAGAAAACCAAAUCAAAUGCCUGGAAUGGAAUACAGGGCACAAAAAGCUGGAGGUGACAUUAAGAAGAAGGGCAAACCAGAUCCAUACGCAUACAUACCUUUGACAAGAUCAGCAUUGAACAAGAGGAAGAAGAAAAAGAAUGCAAGCAAAUUUCAGGGUAUAAUAAAAAAUGCAACGAAGGGAGCACAAAUCGGUAUGAAACAUCGAAAACAGAAUUGA